AUGUUUAUGUAAAAUUGCUAAUUAACAUUUGCAAGUGAUGGCUCAGGAUUGACUUUAAUAUAACAUUCUAGGAUAUAAGUAUUUUCUAUAGGAAAAAAAUAAAAAUCAUUUGAAGAGGAAUGUAUGAUAAAGUAAUAGUAGAAAACGAAAGUGAUAUAAAUAAUUAUUGGUGUGGACUAGUGUAACUAUUUUACAAACAUGGUAGUUCUAAUAGAUAAUAAUAAUAAUAACUCGCUAUUCUGGAUAAUGAAAGAAAUUCAUUCAGAAUUAUCAAUCUCAUUAGCUUAAAUUACAUUAUAUAGAUUAGUUUUACAGGAUACCAAUGUCAAAUGGACUUCAAAUUAACUCCAGAUGAAGACAAAGUAUACUUUUUUUUUGAAUUUUUAAUCGAUAUAUACUUUGGACCUGAACAGUUUUGGAACAUAAAUACUCUUUAAGUUAAAUAAUAUCAAGACUUAUUCUUUAAAAAUUAUUGAAAAGGAUUUCUUUGUGGAUAAAAUCUUGUUAUUUUAGGUUUCAACAAAGGCUUCUACUGAAAUUAUAACAAUUUAAGAUAUAACCUAUUUAAUUACUUACCGCAAUAAUAGCGGCUAGCCGUAAGCUAAAAAGAAUGUUGGAACUCUAAAGGGACAUUAAGAUACAAUCACAUACUUGACAGCUUCGCCAUCUGAGGGAGUUCUUGCUUUUGGGGGUAAGGACAGAUUAAUAAAACUUUGGGCUAUUAAGCAGAAUGAAUCCUUUGAGAUUCAACAAGCUCAUUCAAAUCCAAUAACUUCUAUUGCAUAUUCUUAGGAUGGUUAAUUACUUGCAUCUGCAUCUGAUGCUCCAAUAUUUCUUUGGGAUGUUAUUGAUAAAAAAUUGAUUAUUCAACUAAAAAAACAUGAGACAUAGGUUAAAUGUUUGGAAUUUUCUCAUUGUUCUAAAUAUUUAGUUUCAGGAGAUAAUGAUGGAAUAAAAAUAUUAUGGAAUAUUGAAAUUCCUUAAGUCGCUAAGUUUGUUUACAUAAGAGAAGAACUUUACUGUCCUAUUCAUUCCAUCAGCAUCUCAAAAUAAGAAUAAUAUUUAUUCGUGAUUUCUAAUUAAGACAUAAUUAUAAAGUGGGAGUUUGAGUAAAUUGAAAAAUAACAAAAAGAGAAAAUUUUAUGUAAUUAAUACAAAUUCAAACCAAUUUAGUUUUAUUGGAAAUGA